UAACGAGAGAGAGAGAGAGAGAUUCUAGGGCCGUUACUCCUCUCUCCAUUUUCGAGUUUAUAAACUGAUUUUCAAUACCCAUCUGCAGAUUUUCCGAGAAAGUUUUCGACUUUUUGCCGCUCCUGAAGGGAAAAAAAAAACCGAGAGAAUCGUGUUGGAUUCUUGGAUUCUUUGCUCCCGAUAAUCCUUUUACACAACAACUGAUGAAGCACAAGGACGGGAAGCAAAUUCCACAGCCCGAAAAGGGUUCGAGGAUCGUCUCGAUGGCGGUCCUCCUCGUUGUGCUCUGCGGCUUUUCGUUCUACCUCGGCGGCAUAUUCUGCUACGAGAAGGAAAAGAUCGAGGCCAAGGAUUUCGGCCGAACAUCCGCAGUUUCCCCUCUCGGGAUAAAGUCCGUCUCUUUCCAAGAAUGCCCCAUCGAAUUCCAAGAUUACACCCCAUGCACCGAUCCAAAGAGGUGGAAGAAGUAUGGCGUUCACCGGCUAAGUUUCUUGGAACGGCAUUGCCCUCCGGUUUACGAGAAGAAGGAAUGUCUAAUUCCACCGCCGGAUGGGUAUAAGCCGCCGAUGAGAUGGCCGAAGAGCCGAGACGAGUGUUGGUACAGGAAUGUGCCAUAUGAUUGGAUCAACAAGCAGAAAUCUGACCAACACUGGCUUAGGAAAGAGGGCGAGAAGUUCGUUUUCCCGGGUGGCGGUACGAUGUUUCCCGAUGGAGUUACCCGAUAUGUCGAUUUGAUGGAAGAUCUUAUCCCCGGAAUGAAAGACGGGACUGUAAGAACCGCCAUUGAUACUGGCUGUGGGGUAGCGAGCUGGGGAGGUGAUCUUUUGAAUCGGGGAAUCCUAACGCUGUCUCUUGCUCCGAGAGAUAACCAUGAAGCUCAGGUUCAGUUUGCUCUCGAACGCGGAAUUCCCGCAGUUCUCGGGGUAAUAUCUACUCAACGGCUUCCUUUCCCGUCGAGUUCUUUCGACAUUGCUCAUUGCUCGAGGUGUCUUAUUCCCUGGACUGAAUUCGGUGGAAUCUAUUUGCUCGAGGUUCAUCGUAUACUACGUCCCGGUGGCUUCUGGGUUCUGUCCGGUCCACCAGUGAACUACAUAGACCGAUGGAAAGGAUGGGACACGACCAUCGAAAAGCUUCGGUCCGAGUUCGAGAAGCUUCAAUCCGUUCUAACCUCCAUGUGUUUCAAGAAGUACGCCGAGAAGGACGACAUAGCCGUCUGGCAGAAACUUUCAGACAGCGACUGCUACGAAAACAUGGCGGAUAACACCGACACUACUUACCUGCCCAAAUGCGACGACAGUAUCGAGCCGGACUCGGCCUGGUACACUCCCCUACGUCCCUGCGUCAUUGCCCCGAGCUCGAAAGCGAAGAAAUCGAGCCUCGGGUCGAUCCCGAGAUGGCCCGAGAGGCUACAUGUCGCGCCCGAGAGGAUCAGGGAUAUUCACGGAGGAAGUGCAGGUAGUCUGAAACAAGACGACAGCAAAUGGGAAAACAGAGUUAGACAUUACAAGACACUUCUCCCGGCAAUCGGGACAGAUAAGAUAAGGAACGUUAUGGAUAUGAACACAGUGUACGGAGGUUUGGCCGCGGCUCUCAUCGAUGAUCCUGUCUGGGUCAUGAACGUGGUUUCCUCGUACGGCGCCAAUACACUCCCUGUAGUGUACGAUCGUGGCCUCAUCGGAAUUUACCACGACUGGUAA